UCUCUACCUUUCCACCAGAACCAGUCAAGUCAGUUCAAAUAGAAAUUGAGCCGUCCAAGGUGAGUCGUAGUGCGCUAUGACAAAACGGUGUUUAUAUUAACGGGGUAAAAAAACAAAGAAAAAGUGUCGGAAUUGUCGCGAAAUAACACUGCAAACAUGAUAGUGAUAAGUGUGAUUAGUGUUAUCCUAUUCGGAACGGCAUUAGCCAGCCUGGAGCAGUUCGCAGUUCCGAAUCUCGACAUAGACAACUUGGACAACGGCUACCACGGCCUUGUCAGGGAGAACGAGACGAUCGUGGAAGUGACGCCCGCGAUAAGGGCAGUCGGCUCGCCCGUGUGCAGUUUUCGCAUAGUGAACAAGCACCACGGAGAGGCUCCCUUCGAGAUCAUCUCCAAGGAUGACGGAUACGCGGAGCUGAAGGCGAGACGCUCGCUGAACUGCGAGAAGAGGAAGAAUUACAAGUUCGACAUCGCGGCAGUCGGGUGUAACGGGAGGCAGAGCAUAAGUGCAACGGUCCACAUCACCGUGAGCGACGUGAACGAAUACGCCCCGACGUUCUCGGAGCCCAGCUACGUCAGGCAAGUGGACGAGGGUAGGAUAUACGGCGAGAUUGUUAGGGUCGAGGCCACCGACAGGGACUGCACCCCGAAAUUCGGAGACGUGUGCAGAUACGAGAUCCUGACCCCCGAUCAACCCUUCGACAUCGACAUCGACGGCGUGAUCAGGAACACGGAGGCGCUGGACUACGAGAGGAGCCACAAUCACAUCCUGAGCGUGGUGGCGUACGAUUGCGGUAUGAGGCAGAGUUUGCCUGUCAUGGUUACGAUCAAGGUGAACAAAGUGUGCAGACUUGGAUGGAGAGGAUUGCCAGAAAGGGUAGAUUAUGCACCAACCACCGGCAAACAAGAACUGUUUCCCUCUGCGUCGCUGGAACUUUGCGAUGUGCCAUGCAAUAUCAAGGAGUUGUUGACUAGAGUUGACCUGGCUACAAGACAUAUCGGAAAAGGCUGCGACCGCGACACCUACAGCGUCCAGUCGCAACGUAAGCUGUGCGGGGCAUCGCCGUCCGCCAUCGACCUGCUCCCCAGCCCUGGCGUCGGGGCCGAAUGGACCAAGCCACUCAUUUCGGACGAGGGUCACGAAUCAGACCAGAUGUUCGAGUUCGACGGCAGCUCCACCGCCGUCUCCAUUCCGAACCACGUGCUGGACCACAACCUGCCGUCCACUUUCACGUUCGCCACGUGGAUGAGGCACGCUCAACACCCACAUCAAGAUAAACAUAUCAAGGAGCAUAUCCUCUGCUCUGCUGACGACCACAAAAUGAACAGACACCAUUAUGCUCUUUUCGUUAGAAACUGCCGACUGAUCCUCCUGUUGAGAAGAGACUUCUCCGAAGGCGACUUGAACAUAUUCAGACCGGCGGAAUGGAGAUGGAAGAUACCACAGAUCUGCGACGACCAGUGGCAUCACUACGCUGUCAAUGUCCGUUUCCCAGACGUCGAACUCUACAUCGACGGUCAACUGUUCCACACAGAGAAGAAGAAUCCAGAAGUCAUCGAUGACUGGCCUCUGCACCCAACCAAGGGAAUCAACACCACCCUAACAGUCGGUGCUUGCUGGCAAGGAUCCGACAACAAGAUGAAGCACCAUCUGAAAGGCUACCUUGCUGGAUUGAGCGUCUUGGUUGGAGAAACUGAGAAGCCAGAAGUUCUUAGCUGCUUGCAUCAGUGCAAGGAAAGUUUGCAGGUACCAGCGAUGGAGCUUCUUCAACCCGGCAUGGAGCUCUUGACGAACUCUGAUCUCACAGAAGUAACGGUAGAAGGAGACAACAGGACCAACUUGGAAACUUUGGUGAGGAAAGUUGGAUACGUUAACACCAGGGAGUUCCCCACAGCCGGCCGCAGGAAUAUCAGACUAUCGACCACCGUAACUUGUGACAAUGGAAAAACUGUUAGGGUCCCAGACGCUCAAACAUACGUCAUGGUCCUGAAGCCUCAAACGCCAAGCAUCCACCUCAACGGCACCGGAAACAUGGCGAGGAAAUACGAAGAUUUCCGGAUGGGCGUCAAAGUAUUGGCCGACAUCCACAUCACCGGCGAACUCAAACUGGACAAAUGUUCCCUGUCCAUCUACCCCAACCUGAACCCGGAUCAUGAGAACCUAGGGGUGCCAGAGGAAAUGCUGAAGAGAUUGGGCAUGGCAGCUCGUAUAUCUAAAGAUGGAGUGAUCAUAACUGGAUCAGAUAUGGUGUUCAAUUACGAACAAGUACUCAGACUGAUCGUGUACACCAACAAGAAACCUGCCUACUACCUGAACAGAGUGUUCAAACUGUCAUGUUCGGAACUGAAUGGUCGAUUCACCUCCAAUGAAUAUGUACAAACUCUCACAGUCAUCCACCCCCAGCCCAAAGAACCCCUUCCGGCCCACGCGACCAUCAACCAGCACUCCGUGCUCAUGCGACCAGCUGCCGUGGUGUCCAGGGAAUACAUCCCGACCGACCACAUGUCCAUGGUGGCAACCGGUGGCUCUCACGCAGUCACCAUCAUAGUCGUCGUCUGCAUCGGCUUCCUGCUCUUCAUGAUCAUACUGGGGGUUGUGAGGAUAAGGGCGGCCCACCAUAAGACAGCGUCCGAAGAGCACGAGUCCGAGAUGACCUGGGAUGAUUCUGCGCUCACCAUCACGGUCAACCCGAUGGAGACCGCCGAGAGAAAACUCGAAGGCAACAACGCAGAGUUCACCGACUCCGACCAAUCAGACUCCGACUCGUCCUCAGAGGACGACAACAUGGAAGGGUCCUGCAGGAUCCCCGACUCAUCGGAGGACGAGGAGGAACCCCCUGUGCGCAGCCGCAAACACGACUACCAAAAUGUAAGUCAACUAGAGUGGGAUCACACUACCAUGUAAAGUAGCUGGGGAAAGGAGCCAUAAGACGUCGGCCAUUUUGAAAAUUCAGUUUAAUUCGGUUAAAAUUCCAUUGAUAUCCGCGUCCAAUAUGUGGAUGUUACGUUAGAGUAGGGUGAAAAUGUGCAAGAAAUAAAUGUUCAAGACAUUCCCUCGUCAGAGUAUUCGCAAACAUUCUCAUAAAAAAACUGAGUAGUUCACAAUCUAUCCAAAAAUCCCUCAAAUGUAACACACACACGCUAAAUCCUGAAUAGACAAAGGCCGACUGAAUAGACUUAUCGAUCAACCAAAAGACAUUUUUCAAUUUGAAAAGAAUUCUGGAUAUUUUUUAAGCUUUCUGAUCACAAAGAGAUCUGUGCCAUCUAUCCUCAAAAUAUUCAUUUAAAUAAUCCGAUAUUCACACUGUAUACCUAACAUCGGUUUACGUUCAACAUAACAAAAUCAUAUUUUAGUAUAAUUCCUGAAAUUCGUUGACCAUUCAACAUUUUUCCUUUGAUGAAUCAUUGGUACUAAAUAUGGUUACUGAAAAUAUCAAACGAUCGUCCAUAAUUGAAUUUUAGACUUAUAUACACAUAGUGUAUCUUUUUCAACACUGUUAGAUAGGAUAUCUCAAAUUUCUUCAUCGAAUGAGACCAUUUUUCAAGAACGUUGAAACUAAGCUUUAGUUACAAAAUUCUCGAAAAUAUUUGAUUAACAACUUUGAGAACGGCUAUUUUAUUCACCCAUGCUUUUCGCUAUGUUUAUGUUGAGGCAGCCAUUUUGUUAAAUUUAAGAUUUUUAGAGUUAAGGACGUUAUGAAUUUGCUGAAAAAAAUCUUGCACAUUCGCUAGCUGAUAACGAUGGCUUUGGAACAAACUUGAGGCUAAAUAGUGUGCUGAAAAAGAAAUGUAGCAUGCAAUGUUGACAAUGUUCCUAACAGCUAUAACGAGCUUAGCUUUCAAAGUCGAAAUUUAUGUUUUUACACUUUGUAUAUCUGAAAUGUUGCAUUUAUCUAUGGGAAUGUGGGAGAUUUUUUUCACUGUGUAAAAAGAAUUUUCAGCUAUUCAUUCAGCUAUCGUAUUCUCGAUAUUUUUAUUGUUGAUUCACUAAUCUUAUUUUUAUUUGCCUUAGCUAACACUAACACGAGUAUUAUUAAUUUUGUACUUAAUUAUUUAAUUUAAUUUUAACUUUUCUCUGCGCAUUUCUGCAGAUAGGAUGUCUCAAUAAAAAUUUCAAAAUCAUAUCAGAUUCUUGAAAAAUUCAAUCAAUUCUACGUAAAUCUGUCAAUAGCAGUGCAGUAGUUCACUAAUGAAAGUAAUAAAAUCUAAAGGAUCCUCCUCUAUUUGACAACUUUCAAGAUUUAAAUUUUGCACUCACAUCUUAUUCCCAAAAAAUAUUAUUACUUUCAUUAAAACUAACAUGUCCCGAUGUUUAGACGUCUUUGUUUGUAUUCUCUCUAUCUCUAUCUCUCUCUCGCACAAUCUUUUUUUGGUUUAAGUGUAGUAGUUUAAAAAGUGUACAUAAAAUUUUGCAGCUAUUAUUUUUUGUAAGAGUAGGAAAAAGAAUGGGUACUUAAUAACGUUUAUAUGAAUAAAAUAUAUAUUAACAAAAUGAAUUUCUUUGAAUGAAUACAUGCUUAUUUUAAGAGAAUGCAAUAGUAGAGAUUAAAGAAAGAAAAUCUAUAUCAUAUUAUGCAAUAUGAAUGUUGGAGGUUUCCAGUUUGUUAAUUUUCUAUUUUCGAAUCUUCCUCAGUUCUUAAAUGUUGACUUUAGAAUAGUUGCUGUGAUGUCAAAAUUGUUUAGUUUAGGAGGAAAGAAAUCAAGCACUACAGGCUUCGAGGAUUUGUUUCAUCAAGAUUGAAUAGAUUACAGAUACCCAAAAACAUGGAUGGAUUUAUAAAGAAAAUAUUUCAUAACAUUUUUCGGAAGUUUUCAAUCGAUAAAAUAGAUGCCGAUGUCUUCCGAAACCAAAUUCCCGAACAUGUUAGACAAAUCAAUUCCUGAUCGAGUGAUCGAUUUGAUCUUGUGAGGCAAAGUAGUAAAAUUGAUUCAAUGAAAACACUAUUUUUGACAACAGUAACAGUGGUACAUUCCAUGCAAUUUGUAAUCUUUGUAUCUACCAGUUAAAAACGCUUUGUUGUGUGUACAUCAUCAUGGAGAUGAAAUAUCCGAAUGUUUUUAGAUGUUAUACCACAAUAAUAAUGUAAUACAUGAAUGUAUAUUAAAUAAAUAUAUCUAAAAGUAA